AUGACAACUACCAACCCGAAAGAUAGAACUCUGAUAGCUGUCAUAGGUGACGAAGAUUCAGUCACUGGAUUGCUGUUGGCAGGUAUAGGUCAUGUAGAUAAUCCUCAGAAGAAGAAUUUUCUGAUCGUUGAUUCCAAAACCAGUACGAGUAUAAUAGAAGGUGCUUUUCAAGAUUUCACAGAAAGGAAAGAUAUCGCCAUUCUGUUGAUCAACCAACAUAUAGCAGAGAGGAUAAGACCUGCCGUGGAUAGGUAUCAAGCUGCUUUUCCCGCUUUGUUGGAAAUACCAAGUAAAGAACAUCCGUAUGACCCCGCCAAGGAUUCCGUACUCAAACGUGUACAGAAGCUCAGAGGAGAUUAA